AUGGUCCAGCAAUACCCGCCCAUGCACCCGCCGUCCCAGCCGCCGCAGCGGCCCUACUCGCCCUACCCGCCGACCGCAAGCUCGCCCGUCCAGAUGUCGCCUGGUGGCAUGGGUGUGCCGCCCGCGAACAAGCGUCCGCGACUGUCUCCCAACCCCGGCUCUCCGUAUACGCCUUACCACAACUCGCCCUACUCCUCCAUGCCGAACACUCCUGCCCCCGCGCACACGCCACUUCCGUUCAACCAGCCGCAGCCCUUCAACCAGCCGCAGCCUCCGGAGCCCGGUUUUGACGCGUCGCGUGGAGCUCCCGGAUCCAUGGGCCCGCCCCAGCGCCCAGCAGACAAGCCCGAGAAGCCCGAGAAAGAGAAGGCAACCGACAUCAAUGACUUGAGUGAUGUCAUCGGCGCCUCGGGCAUUGACUUGCGUGAGGAAGAGAACUACUUGGCACAGACAUACCAGAAUCAGCAUCAGACCGGCUCUUUCACUGCUUCGUUCUCGCACUCGCCAAACACGCAGUCGCCAAACACAAGCUUCAAUGCACUUUCGCAAGGAAGCUUUGGCAACUACCCUGCAUUCCAGGGCGCCGGUCCCGUCAGCCAGCCGCCUGUCUCCCAAAAGACUGUUGAGGAGGAAUUGUUCGAGAAGCACAAGGCAGCCGCGCGGUCCUUGGCCGAAAAGGCCCAGCAGGAGCUCAAUGACCCUUUCUGCCGUGGUAACAACAUUAGGCAGAAGAUCGGUCACCACACUUACGAGCAGGGUGUGAAGUUCAACGUGGACGGCUUGUACGACCGAAUCAGCAAAGAUUCACCGCAGAAAGUGAAUGGCACACAAGCUGCCGCUCCUGACGGCACUGGCAUGGUCAAAGCUCAAGCUGCAGCACUUCUUGAUACUAAUGCACCCCUGGCAGAGAUUCUGACCCUCCUUUCUUUGGCGACCAAGGAGCGAUUACGCGGUAUCAUGGAAGACGCGUAUGCGCUUUCACGGUCACGCCAACUUACUUCUCACGGCGUCGUUUCCCCGGAAUUCGCAGGCAUCGCAACCGGUAAUGGAACGCCGAAGCCUACUACAGCUGUGUCAACCUCUGUCACCAAGACGGCAUGGGAUCAGCCGGACAGUGCCAUCAGUCCCACCACUGUACCAACGAAAAGACCUCUCGACACCGACUCGUCCAAGAAGGACCCUUCGCGUCUCCCCACCCCACCCACAGAUACUCCUCCGACCCCGCAACCCACCGUCUCGUUCUCGUCCGACCUCUCCUCCACAUUACGGAAACUCCAAACAGAAGAGCGCAAGCACGAACAGGAGCGGAUCAAGAAGCGUCAAAAACGUGCAGCAGCAAAGGGCGGAGACAGCGCGCCCGGCACGCCGGGUGCCCAGACAUCCCCCGCGGACCUGAUGCCGCUGAAAAUGACAAAGAAGGAGCGGGAGCGCCUCGCGAAGGCCGGCCAGACAGACGAGGUGCUGCACAAGGCCGCCAACACGACGGCGAACAUGGCGAUUGGCGGUUUCGGCAAAAAAUACAGCUGGCUGAGCGGCGGUGGCGGCGGCGGCGGCGGCGGAGGGGGCUCCGGCGCCAGCACGCCGCGGCUGAACACAAACGUGGGCGGCGGCGGCGGAGGCGGCAUGCUGAGCGGUGGACCCGGCGGCGGCGGCGCUGGCGGAGGAGGCGGCGGUACGCAGGACCGCGGCUUGGCGGCGAGAGACCGCAAGUGGGGCGAUUGGCGGGAAGACGGAUCGAAGGGCAAGGGCAUCCAGAUGCGCGAUCUGAUCGCGGCGCUGGAGCAGGACGGCAACGAGAAGAAGACGCUAGCGCGGGCGCUGGUAAGGCUGAAGUCGGACAACUGA